UCUCCACCCACGUGGUGCGGCUCCACGGCCAUCUUUGUGCGGGGCUGCGCUUCCGCCGGCGCAGCGGCGGGGCCUCCGCAGUGGGUCGGCUGGCGAUGGAGCGGUGGGCGCUCUCACAUCUUCGGUUGUGGCUGCUGUUGCUCCUCUUGCUCCCGGUGCCGGGCCGCCAAAAGGAGUCAGGUUCGAAAUGGAAAGUACUUAUUGACCAAAUUAACAGAGCUUUGGAAAAUUAUGAACCAUGUUCAAGUCAAAGCUGCAGCUGCUACCAUGGUGUCAUAGAAGAAGAUCUGACUCCUUUCCGAGGAGGUAUCUCCAGGAAGAUGAUGGCGGAGGUAGUCAGACGGAAACUAGGGACCCACUAUCAGAUCAUUAAGAACAGAUUAUACCGAGAAAGUGACUGCAUGUUCCCCUCAAGGUGUAGUGGUGUCGAACACUUUAUUUUGGAAGUUAUGGGGCGCCUCCCUGACAUGGAGAUGGUGAUCAAUGUACGAGAUUAUCCUCAGGUUCCUAAAUGGAUGGAGCCUGCCAUUCCAGUCUUCUCCUUCAGUAAGACAUCAGAGUACCAUGACAUCAUGUAUCCUGCUUGGACAUUUUGGGAAGGAGGACCCGCUGUUUGGCCGAUUUAUCCUACAGGUCUUGGACGCUGGGACCUCUUCAGAGAAGAUCUGCUAAAGUCAGCAGCCCAAUGGCCAUGGGAAAAGAAAAACUCCACAGCGUAUUUCCGAGGAUCAAGGACAAGUCCAGAACGAGAUCCUCUCAUUCUUCUAUCUCGGAAAAAUCCGAAGCUUGUUGAUGCAGAGUACACCAAAAAUCAGGCCUGGAAAUCUAUGCAAGAUACCUUGGGAAAGCCAGCUGCCAAGGAUGUCCAUCUUGUGGAUCACUGCAAAUACAAGUAUCUGUUUAAUUUUCGGGGUGUAGCUGCAAGUUUCCGGUUCAAACACCUCUUUCUGUGUGGUUCACUUGUUUUCCAUGUUGGUAAUGAGUGGCUGGAAUUCUUCUAUCCACAGCUGAAGCCAUGGGUUCACUAUAUCCCAGUCAAAACAGAUCUCUCCAAUGUCCAGGAGCUGUUGCAGUUUGUAAAAGCAAAUGAUGAUAUAGCUCAAGAAAUUGCUGAAAGGGGAAGCCAGUUUAUUCUGAACCACUUGCAGAUGGAUGAUAUCACCUGUUACUGGGAGAACCUGUUGACUGAAUACUCUAAAUUCCUAUCUUAUAAUGUAACAAGAAGGAAAGGCUAUGAUCAGAUUAUUCCCAAAAUUUUGAAAACUGAACUCUAGUCGUCAUCAUCCAGCCAUGAUCCUCUCUAUGGUAGCAGAUCUCAGAUAUCCUGUGGUGAGAAGCUUACUCUAAGUGUGGCACCUAUACCUUGGAUACUGUUACCAAGCCAAAUAUCUGGUUUUCUCUUAUCAUGCUGCACACAGAGCAACUUUUGGGAAGGAUGCAAAAUGUGUAUAAUACAGAUAUGAAGCAGCUCAACUCUGGCUGAAUUAGGAACAGAAAUCAUGAGGGGUGGGUUUUGAACCCGAUUCUGCCUUUCAUUUUUCUAGGACCAAUCACAGCUUGUGCCUCAGGUCAUCCACAUGUGUCUGUCCAUCACUGCGAAACUGACUAUGUCCAUGGGAUGAUGCCCUUUGUCCCAUCGUUUGGAGGAGAAAGUCAAUCAUUUGGAACUAGUACAACUCGUCACUGCAAUUCUGCCGUUAUUCCACGCUUGAUCUCUAUCGCUUAAUUUUAAUGUCGAAAGCCCUUUAGGGCUUGUGAAAAAUACUUGGGGAUUAUUUCCUGAAAGGUCUAAGGAAGCAGUAGUUGAACCAUGCAAUGAUGUAGAGUUUCUUUUUUGUAAAAUCAUCAAUUCUUUGGUACUCAGGAGGCUUCUAUAAAGCAACGUAGAUAGGGACCAAUUACAUGAGCAAUUAUUGCAAUUGGA